GGAAAAUGCUGAACAAGGAGGAGGACCUGUGGAUGUAAUAGACGGUGGCGACAACGGUCAACCUGAUCCUGGCUUGGAUGUUAAUAAUGUUCAGCAACAAGCAAGACAAGAACAGCAAGCUGAUACAAUUUGGACACAAAUUUGGAAUUGGAUCGCCAACGUUUUGAAUGAUAUACCUGAUCUCAAUAACGAAGCACAAGAUAACGAUCCACAAGCUGUCAAUGGUAAUCAAGUUGCUAUGAAUCCACCCAUUGGCCCAGUAAGAAGAGAGCCUAAUGCGGAAGCACCUGUUUUUCCUGUUCCUGUAUUUAAUGAAGCUAUCGAUGUUCCGGUUGCUGGUCCUGCUUUAGGCCUUGAACCAGAAGAGGAAGAGGAAGAAAACGUUGCCAACGAAGACCUUGAAGGAGUUUUAGAAGCCAUUGGCAUGAGAGGCUCUUUGUGGAUGCUUGCUCAAAACUCUGCAUUGAUGGCAGUACUAAUUGCUUUAUGCCUAUUUGGUUCAGUUUGGUUGCCUUACUUCGUUGGCAAAGCAUUUUUACUGGUCAAACCUUUGAACUUGAUACAACUUCCAUUGACUUUAUUGCGGAAAUUUACUGAUCCUUUGGUCGAUAUAAUCAUAGAUACCAUAUUACCUUGGUUAUGGGGGUUCAUUUUACCAAUAUUAAAGUCAUUAUGGAACUUAAUUUAUCCUACUUUAUCGCCAAUGGUUAAAGACACGUCCUUAAUGAUUUAUGUACAAGACAUUACAAACCAAUCUCGAUACAUUAUCGCUCAUUCUGCAUCUCUGUUGACACAAAUUACCUCCACUUCUGGAAAAAUAACAAACGGUACCGUUAUAGAUAGUAAUGUAAAUCAUAUUUCUGAGUUUCUCGAAGGCCAAAAUUUAACAGUACUUGUGAAAAUAAUUGAUCGGUGGAAUGGAUUUGCUUACGGUAAUACACCAACGGACAAGAUUGUCUGCAUUUUCUGUGGAUAUACAAUCAUUAUCCUUUUGUGUGUGUGGUAUCUAUCACGGACAAGAAAUCCGUAUGGCCGUACUGUUGGACGUGCUGCUCAAAAAGUGCUGCGACAACAGGGCAUUGUCUUAAAGGUUGCAUUUUUUGUCGCUAUUGAAUUGUUAAUUUUCCCCAUUAUAUGUGGUAUCUUGUUGGAUUUAUCUACUUUACCACUUUUCCCUGACGCCACCCCAACAUCUCGCUUGGAGUUCUACCUCGAAUCACCUGUCACUUCAACAUUUCUUCAUUGGUUUACUGGCACUGCAUUUAUGUUUCAUUUUGCGGUGUUUGUUUCUCUCUGUCGUGAAAUUGUUCGUACUGGCGUAAUGUGGUUCAUUCGUGACCCAAAUGAUCCGCAAUUCCAUCCUAUCAAAGAAAUAUUAGAGAGUCCU